AGACUGUCACCUAUCAGACUCCCCACCACGGUUCAAACAUCCCACCCGUUCUCUUAGGUUCCCUUCAUCCAUUACCAUCAUCAAUCAAUCUCUCAGGUCCAUCUCCACCCCCGCGACCAACAAAGAACAAACUAAACGACACGACCGAAGCCACAACCCUUUCCACCAAACGAAUCUAAGUCGACCAUAUUUUGGACACAAACAUACAAACGAGCAAAAGCGCCGAUUUCAUCACCGACGCCAAAAAUAUUGCAUCUGAAUCAUCAUCACGCUACACCAGGACCCCGGAUUUCGCACCAAGCCCUGCGGUGCCGCGUCAGGCUGUUUCUCGCUCGUCCUCCUCUUCUGGACCUCGACGUUCAAUUGGCGCUGAGAGCGCACGUAUACUAUUUCCAACAAUCGACGUAAUCGACGAGAUCUGCAUCAUCGAGUUUGACAUGCCGUUUGUCAUAUUCCCGAUAAGAUACCGAUAAUCCGACCUUACCCCAACGCCAUCAUCACCAAGAUCACACCCUCAAGUCGCAGAGCACAUCCCUCGAAAGGGAGUAGGAGGUAGUAAACAUGGGUAACAACCCGUCUUCGUCCUCCAAACCGACCACGCCGACAACCUCGGCUCCUGGUUCGGCCCACGGUCAUCAUCAUGGCCAUGAAUCUCCCCGACAUCAUCUCCGGAAAGAUGCCCGCAAUAUCAUCACCGGUCACGCGCAUCGCUCUGCCGCGCCUCCAGAGCCUUCUAUGGCGCAAGCCCAAGGCUCAACCGUCAUCAAUCGACCAAAGAGCUUGCCUCCUACUGCUGUCUCGUCUCUGAGCGGCUCUCCUCAUAGCAACUUCGCCGCUGUUCACAAGACUGCUUCUUCAUCGGAUGCUAAGGGCAUCGCUGAGAAACAUGCAGCUGGAACUCCUGAGCCUAAGCCUGCCGAGAGCAAACCCGCCGAGUCUAAACCUCAGUACCGCGACGAACCUACCAAGCCUGUCGAUGUGCCUAUGGAGUCUUCUUCUCUUCGAUCACACCAACCCGCUCACGUAAAUGACACAGCUCUUAUUCCCAAUAGCAGCAUCACGGAUAUGUAUCUGACUCGGCCCCCGCGCUUACCCCUCCCUAUCGAUGAGGAGGUUCACACCCCUGGAUCACCUAUUUUGGCACCAGAGUCAGAUCUGUCGAUACCUGAUAUUGAGCCUAUUGACUCGGACACCAUCACACGCAAGAGUUCUGCCCUCAGUGCUACUACAGUUGAUGAAGAGGAUGGUGAGGAGCUGCGGGUUGAUAAGACGAGACCUGUCGUUCAGACCAAGCUGGAGUGGCUGAGCGGAGGUGACAAGGUUUAUGUGACAGGUACCAUCUUUCAAUGGAAUCGCAAGCAACGAUUGCAUCCCAUCGAGGGUCGUCCUGGUUGUUUCUCGACAACAGUCUAUGUUCUUCCAGGUACACACCAUGUCCGCUUCCUGGUGGACGGUAUCAUGCAGACAUCUCCUGAUCUGCCAACCACCGUCGACUUUGGCAACAACCUUGUCAACUAUAUCGAAGUGAGCCCCGACGAUGCUCACAAGAAGCAAGUUCCUGCAUCUCCUGCCGGCCCCCAAGCCGAGGCUCAAGUUGCCGCUGCUGCUCAGACAGUCUCACAAGCUCAGGAGAAAGCUUCGAAACCACCGCCCCAGCCAAAGGGCAAGCCCGUGCCCCCUCCAGAAUCGUACCGAAGCCAGAUUCCACAGUACCUGGUGGACUUUGAUCAAGCCGAGGAUUCGCAAGCAUACCAGUAUGCUGUCAAUGCCAUUGAGAGGCUACCAAAUCCUCCUGCGCUACCAGGUUUCCUGAGCAAGCCUAUCUUAAAUGCGGCGACCCUUAUGAAAGAUGACAACAGUGUGCUCAACAUGCCAAACCAUACGAUUCUAAAUCAUCUUGCCACUAGCAGCAUCAAGAACAACAUUCUUGCUGUUUCAGCUACUACUCGAUACAGAAAUAAGUAUGUCACAACAAUCGUCUACAAGCCCACAUCCUCAGAUGAUUGAUAAGACACGAUGGACGAACAUAAUGAUUGGGUCAUGAGUCAGAACCCCCUAUGCCUUGGGCCUGCUUUCAGACAUGCGGGCUUGGGUUACGAUGUGAUGUUGAAUGCUUGCUAUGUAUUAGAGGUCUGGGAGAUAAACAAGGAUUGGCUGUCUAGUAUUCUUAGUUUUGAUUGAGGAGCAGUGGUGACGAGUUACAUAGUGAUGGCGACAUGAGCUGAGAAUAACGAGGGAUGUCAAGGAUUCUUGACGCCAUGAUGAAGCUCAUGCGGGGAAGCUCAUGGAUCAGCUUCAGCAAAUACACAUAAACAUAUCUGACGAUUACAACUUCUUAUGAUCUUGCUCAUUUUUAUUAUUGGCAGAGAGGUUCAGUCUCUCCAUUUGAUAAAGACCUCAUCAGUUCUGAAUCUCUGUGUACAUGUACUCUCCUCCAAAGACGUCCUAAACCCUGUCUCAUAAGCCAACAAACCAGCGUGCGCAAUCAUGAUUCCGUUAUCGAUGCAGAAUCUCUCAUCGGUAGCAUAAACCGAUCCUCCUCGCUCCCUUGCCAUAUGUCCCAUCAUCUCCUGCAACCUCUCAUUACAUCCUACGCCUCCCACAAUGAGGACCUGCGACGACCCGACGUGAGCCAUAGCCCGCUCUGUGAUCUCCACCAACAUCGCGAAUACUGUCUCUUGUAGUGAGAAACAUAAAUCUUCUGGUGUGAAAUCCGCGCCGGCCUUCAUCUGUGCAGCGAGUGCAUCCGCCGAAGCUAGAAUUCCAGAGAACGAACAGUCCAUGCCCUUGACUGCGUAGGGGAUAUCGAGGAGCUUGCUCCCCUUCUUGGCGAGUUGUUCGAUGUUAUAUCCCGGUGCGGGAUCGUUGCUGAUUUCUAAUGUGCGAGCGAACCGAUCGAGACAGUUUCCAACUGCUAUAUCAAGUGUUUCGCCAAAUAUCCUGUAUCGCUGCUCGGCAUACGCAAUUACCUGCGAAUUACCACCCGAAACGUAUAACACAACCGGGUUAUCAGCACCAGUGAUAUAUCUCCCCAUCUCGAUAUGUCCCACGCAAUGAUUCACGCCAACGAGGGGUCUAUCCCAGAGUAAACUCAAUGCUCUAGCCGCAACAGCAACAGAGUUCAGCGGGGCGCCCAUACCCGGGCCCUUCGUGUAGCAGAUACAAUCGACAUCUUUGGGAGUGAUUUUCGCUUCGGCGAGGGCUUCGCGUGCGAGACGGACAAAGUGGGCGCGGUGGUGGGCUGCUGUGUCUUUGGGGAGGAAGCCUGUUCCCGGAGGGGAGACGAAGGUGUCGCGGAGGUUGGAGAGGAUUUUUGUCUCGGUGGGAGUGUGAAGAAUGACACCUAUGCCGAGCUUGUUGGCAGAGCCUUCGCAGCCGAGCGCAAUGUAGGAGGGUUUGUCUUUGAAGGCCAUUUUGUAUGUGAGGUUGAAGAUGGGAAGUUUAAAGGUGGGGGUAUCGAGAUGAUGGUGUUGAUGCCACUGCCUACGCUGGAUGGACGUUGUCAACUUUACUAUCAGGGUUUUAAACAGAAAUACAGGAGAACAUAGAAACAGUAUAAUUAUUAUUAAAACUAUAUUUCAAAGAAACCGCAAACGUUGACUCAGUGGUGUCAAGAAAGCAAUAAGUAGACGUCUAAUCGAUAGAGGGGCAGAUCUGAUCUCG